GUAUCUGAGAGCAGCCCACCUUCAACUUCUGCGGAGCGCUCGGAGCGCCAACCGCGAAGGGAGUUUACGGAGGAAGAGAAGGUAGCUUGGCUACUGAGGUGGAAGAGCCUUCUCAAUGACCUUGACUAUGCCAUCAACGGCUUAUUCGAGUAUGAGGUGAGGAACUGCAAGGAAUUGGCCUCUUGGUUGCAAGUGGCGGCCCUCGAGAACCACAGGCCACAUGCAGAAAAAUGUUUUGACAAUGUUGAUGCAAAGGCGUCUGUUCUUCUGUCGGAAGUUGAUGCACUGGAAUUCACUAGCUUCUUGGAAGAGCAAAAGCAUCAGGCACAGCCGAUUGAAGUCGAUGUGCGAGACGCCAAGCGUCGUAUUACUGUUGCAAAAGGCCCCAAGAAAAAGACACCGCAGCCCCCCUGUAGAGAGUGA